AUGAGCGGCAGUGCUCGCAGCUUUAGGUCUUCACCAGUGUUCGGCAGCGCUCAAGCUGGUCACAGCGCCACAGCGAUCGCCGUCAGGGCGCAUUCGGAUGAGCGUCUUCUUCCAGGCGCGGUCCAGGCUGCCGCCUCUCCAUCUUUGUCGGCAGCCACCUCCUCACCACCCCUCAAAGCAUUUUUCUCUGUAAACCCGACCCAUACCAUCAGCGCGACUGCGAUCGGGUCGGAAAAUGGUGCUGUAACGCAGCAGCGCUGGGAUGCUGACAUGCUUGAGGUGAAGGCGUAUCUCAAUGCGCUGGACGCGGCCCGCGAGGACUGCGCAAAUGCGGGCCUCUACCACUUGGCUCAGUUGUGCAUGCAACGCAUGGAGAAGACCAUUCGCCUGCUCGCCAAGCGAAUCGACAAGGAGGGGAACGCCGUGGCGGAGCGCACGCGGCAGGGGUUGAAUGACCGUCAGCGGCUGCAGCAGUUGAACCUCCGCAAGCGCUGGAAGGCGAAGGUGUUGGCGCACCAGCAGAAUGCCUCAAUGAUGCUAGCGGCUGCGGAGCAGCAUCACCAUGCUGAGCUCAUGCAGGCGGGUAUGUGCAAACAUGAGGAACUGCGCAGCACAAGCGCAGAUCAUUCCAUAGGGUUUUCCUGGUCAUCUGAAGUACAGCACCUGCAAAGUGAACUUCAGCUGUACGUGAGGCAGCAUCGCUAUCGUGAAGCGGAGCGGGUGCAGGCUCAGCUAAGCCGACUUGAAAGGCAAGAGCGCCAAGCGCAGCAGCGGAACGUCACCCAGCACCAUGCGCAGCGGCUGCAAGCGAUGCGAGUGGAACAGGCAGCGCAGCUGGCCAGUAUGAAGGCAAUGCACCAACAAGAGAAGCAGGAGAUGUUUCACGCUGGCCGAGUAGAGCUGGAUUCCAUGAUCCGGCAACACGCGGUUUCCCUACAAGCAGUGGAGGAACGACGUCUGUUUCUCCACGAAAGCGCUCAGGCGAUUUUGAAGUCGUACGACAACGCCGACGCGUUGGACCCGCGGGCAACGGGGCUAAAGCUGAUACGGCUGUCACAGCUACUGUGGACAUUUCCUAAGGUGCAGCAGUCGAGUGAGCAUGGUGAAUGA